GUGGGAAGGGGCCAGCCCGGGAGGCCGGCCGCGAUUCCGCCGGCUGGGGAGCAGCCGGGCCUUCCAGGAACCGGCGUGUUUGCGCUUCCCCCCCCCCGCCCCCCCCCAGUUUACGGCCGCCGACCAUAUGGCCACUGUUUCGUCACGCGCCGCGGAGGGGAAACAAGCCGCGGCGGGCGAGGCGGCCACGGGGCCGGCUCUGCGAAGCGCCGCCGGAGACAAUGUGCGGGGCCGCCGGGCCGGGGCGUCGCGCGUGGCUCUAUAAAGCGGCCCCCGCCGGCCCCGGCGCCGCAGACCGGCGCCUUCGGAGCUCGCCAGCGCCUCGCCCACCGCAGAGCCGCUCCAGGUUCAUAUGUGGAGACCAACCUUAUAUGGACUGCUCUCUCCAGCAAUGGCUAGUUUUUUUCAAGCAGCAGGCAGCAGAUCCGUGUGUUUAAACGAGACCCUGAAGUAAACGCACUUUGGCAUUUUUCCUGGAGUUACAAACUAUUUCAGAAGCCAGUUGCCACUUGUGCUCCGUGAUUUUUUUCCCCCCUCUGCAGCAGAGCAAGGCAGUAAACUAUCUAUCUAUAUCGCAGCUGAUUUUUCCUCGCCCCCCCGCGUCUCCCCCAACACCCAGCCUUCGUUAUUUUUUAUUCUUAACCCCCCCCCCCGCAACAUACACACACCCUCCCCUCUUCCUGGGGUGUUUGUGGGGUGCGUGUGGUUUGUGCAACAGCGAAUUGACAAACUGGUGCUUCAACUUUCCUGCAUAAAUUUGGCCAGAAUAUGUCUUUGACCAACACAAAGACGGGGUUUUCUGUAAAGGACAUCCUAGAUCUCCCUGACACCAAUGAUGAAGAGGGAUCCCUCGUUGAAGGAGCGGAUGAAGAGAACGAGGGGUCGGAGCCACCCAAGAAAUCCGGAGUGCUGGGGCAAAACCCACUGGAGGGGGUUCAGACUCUGCCUUUGAAAAACCCUUUCUAUGAUAGCAGUGAUAAUCCCUAUACGCGUUGGCUGGCCAGCACGGAAAGCAUCCAGUAUUCCUUGCACGGGCUGGCCUCCAGCAACUCCCAGCACGACUCCUCCACCAAAUCCCCCGACCCCUCGGCCGACGAAUCCCCGGACAACGACAAGGACACGGCCAGCGCCGGCGACUCCGGCAAGAAGAGGAAGAGGAGGGUGCUCUUCUCCAAGGCACAGACCUACGAGCUGGAGAGACGGUUCCGACAGCAGCGGUACCUGUCCGCCCCCGAGCGGGAGCACCUGGCCAGCCUCAUCCGUCUCACGCCCACCCAGGUGAAGAUCUGGUUUCAGAACCACCGGUACAAGAUGAAGAGGGCCCGGGCUGAGAAAGGUAUGGAAGUGACUCCUCUCCCCUCCCCACGCCGGGUAGCAGUGCCCGUCUUAGUCAGGGACGGCAAACCCUGCCACACGCUCAAAGCUCAGGACUUAGCCGCGGCCACUUUCCAGGCUGGGAUCCCCUUCUCCGCCUAUAGCGCCCAAUCGCUUCAGCAUAUGCAAUAUAACGCCCAGUACAGCUCCGCCAGCAACCCCCAGUACCCGACAGCGCAUCAUUUGGUGCAAGCCCAACAAUGGACUUGGUGAACAUUGCCGAGAAAAGAAACUGAGGCUCCAAAAUCAAACCUCGGGGUGGGGGGGGACAAUAUGAAUAUUAAUUAUUAUUAUUAAUGAUGGUGCAUUUUCCCCCUCUCCUAUUUUUCCUCCUUUUGGGGGGUUCGAUUUGUUUCUUUUGGGGGGUUGUUUUUGUGCGCCAUGUUUACAGAGAUUUUUGCGCCAUGCAAAGUGGUCCUGUCUACCUACAACUAAGAAUAAAAAUCUUACUAGUAAUAAGAAUGAAUCCGUAUGCGCUUGUGAUUUCGUAAAGUACGUUUUGUGUGCUGUACAGCUGUUGUCAGUCGUAUAUAAAACAAGUGGAGGACACUUUAAAACUAGAGAAUUUGAUCUCCCUUUUUAUAUGAACCUUUACUUAUUUAUGGCCGUGUAUAAAUUCUGACAACUAUUAGCAAAAAAAAAAUUUUUUUUUGUAAAUAUGUGUGGUUAUUGUUGCCAUAAGUGACAGCCAGGGCGGUUUAUUUUAUUUUAUUUUAUUCUUUUGGUUGGGUGCAAAGAUUUCCCAAAUAUUAAACAAGCAAAGAAACUGGAGACGGAGAAGAAAUGUUUGGAUCCUCUCCAUAGAAAUAUCUCCAGCUCCUCGAUGUGUAUAAACCCGGGGGGGUGGGGGGAGGCGCUACAGGGAGGGUUUCCAUUUUUUUAUAGGAAUUUUAAUAAAAAUGCUGUUUAAAAAAAACCAACCCAACAACAAAAGAACGUUUUUGUUUGACUUUGUGGCUACCACGGGAUACCUGCAAACCCCUCACUUUGAAGCUACAAGGACCGGGGGGAUCCUGUGGGGGGGGGGGGAGCCUGCCUCGCCUGGUUAUCUGAUCAAUGAGAUCUUCUUCUGGUGCCAGUUGUUUUAUUGGGAAUGAUGAAACCUUCCGUCGGAAAUCCGUGCUUGGCCUGCGGCAAAUUCCCGGGCAACAGCUCGGCGGAGUUUCGCCCCUCUUAGAACUUUUAGGGAAACUUUAAUCACCCUGCCCAAACUUUCUGCAACGGAUCAGAUAUCUUUCUUCCUCUUCUUCUUCUGCGUUCUGCCUCAUUGUGUCUCCUGGAGAGACAAAGGCGCUGGAGUAGUGACUUUGUGGAAAUGAAAAAAUAAGCCCCACCACUCACUUAAACGUAAGAGUGCCCCUUCAGCGGAGGGGCUUUUGAUUCCAGUCUCGUCUCAAUGGCCUGCCUUUGCUCGGGGGUUGAUCUAAGCGGGGUGAGCCCGGAGACUUGUAAGUCCUCCUUUAGCCGGCAAUGGUAGAUAGGCGGCUGAUGGGGGGCGAGAGGGGGGUAUAGGCUGGGGGAUGCGUUUAUACCCCCUUUCUGCUCCUGCGGGCAGAUAACGCUUUGGGGCAAGUCGUGGGGCACACGGGGCUCUCCCUAAACGCGGUCGGAUUUGCAAUGUAAAGUUUUCCCUAAAAGCUGUUUUAACCAAACGGAAUUUGUCAUCUCCGUCCGGGCGACUGGCUCCCUGGAGAUCCCCUUCUGCGUGUGAUAACACGUAUUGGGAAUUUGUGGGGUGCCGCGACAUAGGGGGAGUUCUCCAAAGGCGGUGGGCUUGUGUAGGAAAGUUUGUCUAAGGCGUGUUUUAAAGGAAAACUUCCUCUGGCUAUUUAGAUGAUCAUUUUAGAAUAUGCGUUUAAAAAACACACAGAUCCAGCUGGAAAGCGAGUGUGUGUGUUAUGCGUGUGUGUACAUAUAGAACCAUAGGUAUACACUUCGUGCCUCUGUUCUCUCUGUCUCUCUCCCUUGUAUAUAAUAUAUGCACACACACACGGUUUUAGGCUCACACAUACUCCAAUAUGUUUGGAGUUGACCCAAAAUGAAUUGGCCCCUCCGUCCUGGGUAGAGAGGCUUCUUUCCAACCAUGCUAUUGAAAUUCUUCUCCGUUUCUGAAACUGUCUCUCUUGCUGUAAACUGGACAAACAGCAGGGGCGGGGGGGGGGGGCUCGGAACAGGAAAAGCAAAUUAAACCGUCCCCACUGAAUUACCAGCCGAGCUCUUGUUGAUGGUCAGAUUUAAUUCAAUAUCUCGCGCAAACAUGAUUAUCUGUAACAAAAUCGGCGGGACCCAUAGCUCUGCGUGGACAGUGCUGGGGGGGGGGGGGGGGAGGAGAUCUUCUAGCCGUGCGCGGAUCUGCUUCAGGACUGCCGUCCCAGAUGUGAUGGCCGUUUCUUGCAAUGGUGUCUUACCAAACUAAGGCGCAAAGUUGACACCAGUUUAAAUUCUUCCCGGAUUUAGUCGCUUCCCACUGAAUGUUGAAUUGUCGUGACAAGCAGGAGGCAAUCACAGAGCGGGGGCGGGGGGUUGUUUUUGGUUUUGCUUCAGAUGAAACUUUAUUCCACACGAACCCCCCCCCGCCCAUACACACACACACACACACACACACACCAAGAAAUGAGGCCGGGUUUCCUCAAAGCCGAGGGCAAUCAUCAACAGCUUGGCUGGCAAACGGCAAGUCGCGGCUCUGCAGUGGCCGGAUCUAUCGUUGAAGUUGAUAGUUAUGAGCAAAGCGAGAGAGAUCUAAAUACAUAAGUCGUGGCAGCGUUUUGUUGCAAACAGGGGGUCUGAGUAUUUAUUUUUUUGCCAUCUCGAUAGCCAGGCGGGGCCGAGCUCUCCGUGAAGUGAAAACAGAUUUCGGUGGCGUCUGAAGAAAGGAACCCACGUUACAGGGACCGACACUUUCCCCUCUUCUAAUUCCACCAGCCGCGCAGAGCGAGUGGGAGGGAAACAGUCACUUUCGGCUUGGCCCCUAUUAAGUCUAUCAAGCCAGUUGAGUGGCCCUCCCCCGUGGCCUUAUAUUUCACACGCCGCUGGGGCAGUUUUGCGCAGUCUAUCUUUGCACAAUAUACAGUAGCCACCACAAAACAGCACAAUGCGGGAGGCUGGUCGUUAAGGAUGUUAGAGGCGUACAUAUUAAGGAGGGCAGAGAGAAAGAGAUAACCCAGAGGAGAUGGGGUAGGGGGAAAGAGAGAGAGAGAGAGAGACAGUGCUGGCCUCCCCCAUCCUCCCCCUGUUCUUUGUAGUGCCAUUCAAUUCGUUUAUCAGGAGCGGUGCAUCCCCGAGUCAGGGAGAAGUAUCCUUGGGUUUUGUUCUGGCUGUCACUUGGAGCCAUUGUCCCCCAUGUUGUACAUGCUGUAUUCCAUAUGGCCAGCUGGGCUGACCCUCACAAAACCCAAAUUGUGUCCUGCUUUCAAACCCUGUAUUGUUGUCUGUGAAAGGAAGACGAAUUAAAAAUUCGUGCUAUAUCUAUUCUGGGGGAGAGAGAGAAGGGGGGGAGGGGGAAAACCCCCCCCCCUCUCUUCUUUGAAGGAUAACAGGGCCUCCUUUUCUCCAGCCCCACUGACAAGUUUGUCUCUCAUUUCACAGGAAAUUAAAUUCCUGCAUCUGCACGGGGCCUAAACAAAUCUCGCCCAUAAAAAUGAAAUCAAAUGGCAGUCGAUGCACCCCGAUCAGAAUUGUAGUUCCGCUGCCUUCGGGUUGCUGAGCUGGUUUUUUCCCCUCUGCCGGGAGAACAAGGUUUCAUUCACAAGGGGGUGUAAUGUUAUGCAGGCUUUUCCCUCCGUGCGCAACUGGAGAACGCUGCGGACUGACCACUUUUUGUUCUCUUCCAGAGAACUGUCCCUUUCUUGUGAUAGUGCUUCCUUGUUCCAGGCAGGCGAGUUUGAGAAGUCGCCAUCCCGGCCCUUUCUCUGGAAGGCUUUCUCUGGUUGGGGCGAGGGUGCUGGCGAUUAACUAUCUCCACCAGGGCCACCAUACCUGGCUUCCUUCCUUUACCUGGAGUUCUUGCCUCUUACCAAGUACUAUCCUUGUACUUACCGCGUACCACUAACGACGUACUAUCCCCCCAUCGCUCCGGAGAGUAGCUUGGGCUAUUAGAAAAUUAAUGAAACAUCCAAGGAGCUAAAUGCAAACAGGAUGGGCGCAAACAACUGAAUGGGCUAACUUUGAUUUAUUUAUUUUUUAAAAGAACACAAGAAAACAAAAAAAUAAAAUACAAUAAAUAAAGGAUUUUGGCUAAAAUAUUAACUCAAUUCAUACACCGACCAGACUGUUUCUCUGUAUUUGAGUGGUAACACGCCCACACAAACUCUGCAAUUCCUAGUUUGGUUUGGGUGAUAUUGUGAAGGGGAAACGGACGGAUUUCUUACGCCAUGCGGGAUGUGUUGGGAAGGGGGUUUUUUUGGCUUUGUGUUGAGUAAGGCACAAACUGUAGCGAUCUGGAAAUAGAUCCACACGAAGAAAUGUUAAUUGGCCUCUUUCAAAGUAGCCUAUUGUGGGCCAGACAGAUAUUUCACCCGUCCACUGGUAGGAGACACGGGGGACACAUUACACCUCCAGUGGGUGAGCUGGAAAAACAGAGCCUGACAGGAAAGAAAAGGCGAGCAUGCGGGAUGAAUCCCCCAACUCCAACCCAAUCAAGGGAAAUUAUAGUUAAGCCUGCGCUUUAGGGUUAAUUUCCCUCCUUUCGCUCGUCUGAGUCACCCCCCCUUCUCUUCUAUAGAACAACUAUUUAGGAGAAUCAGAUAACCUGGUAAUGAGGUGGAAACCCCUCUAAGCCAGGGAAAGAACUUACUUUCAUUACCUAUUGACUGUUGGGCUUAGCUGAGACCUGGUGUGGGUCGUUCGGGCCUUUUCAAGAGGGCUGGGCAAUGAAAAGCUAAUCCAAUAUUUACCGAGUAUACGAACAAUUCUCAGCUGUCCUUAUUAAGGGGCCGAAUCAGCCAGGGAUGGCUUGGGCAGGGUACGAAAGCAAACGCUGUGUGUGUUUGUGUUUGUGUGUGUGUGGGGGGGGGGAGCGCAGCCCAGAGUACACGGCCCCCGCUCUACAAUAGCUCGCGAGGCGGCAGAUACGCCUGAAGUGGCGGUGUGUAUUAGAUAGUGUAGUGUGCACUAUAUCCGGAAAUAUGCACUUGUGGCUUCAUAAGAGUGACACUCUCUCCGUGUCGAUGGAUCAUCUCCUUUUAUCCUUUUAUCUGCAAAUAAACCCCGCGAUCUCCCCACCACGCACGCUACCCGGUGCUAUCUUGCAAAGGAAACAAUCUAGUUUUUAUUGCUUCCCCCCCCCCCACGCCCGCCCCUUGAAGACUUCGAUUUUUAGGCACUGUUAUUACUAGAUCGGGAGCCGGGGGGUCCCCUAAGGAAGGAGGGGAAUGAACAACCCAGCCCGGAAUAUCAUUGUAAUGGCACUUUGUAACCACAAGGGGUCAUCAAAGUUCUUCCUUUCUGUCGCUGGGGGUUUUUCCCUCCUCCUGCUCUGAGCUGCCCUUAUGAUAAAUGGCUUUAUUUGCCAUUGAACAACAUCGCCAGUUCCGAGAGGUGGUUUGGGGUUUUUUAACAACCUUUAAAAAAUCUCACAGCCAAAAAAAAGAGAGAGAGAGAGAGAGAGAAGUUUAAAGGCAGCAGCCUGAUCGUCUGAAUCCAUUUCCUCUCUCAAUUGUGUUCAAAAAGGAGUGGCCAAGCAUAAAUCAGCACACACACACACACACCCCAGCAAAUGAAGACUUCAGUUUAUUCCAUUUGCGUACCCCCCGCACCACCACCCCCCCCCCCGAUUUUAAAAAAACCCUCAGAUUGUUAAUGGAAGAAUCCGACCAACUGUGUGAGUUUGUAAACAAAAUCCGAUCUCUUCCUGUUUUUAAAGUGUGACUCUAGUUUCAGAUUCUGUUGGCUGAAUAGCAGCUAGAUUUUAAAACCAGACACACAGCCACUGUGUAUAUGGGAGAUUUGACUGUAUUCCUCCAUGUGCAAGGUGUGUGUGCCAACUGUAUGUUUAUUUUACAUAAAAAUAUUAGAGGUGUAAAUAAAAAACACACAAUCCUCAAUAGAUUUCUUUAUCUUG